AUGUAUGUUCAAUCAGAUCGAUAUCAAGAAGUCGAUAGGAUUGAUCCAUUUGCGCGAAACAGAUUCAAAAAGCCAUAUGUUCUGCUGAUAAUAUAUCAUAUCAUUGUAAUUUUAAAACUUCCAAUUUUAAUUAUUUUAUAUCCUCCAUUUAUUUGUAUACAAAUACUUUUAUCAUUACUACAUGCAACACGAGCAACUCAAUUCCUACAAAUACUAAUCAAAAAAGGACUUUUUAAAGUCUAUAGAUUUUUUACUGGGACAACAUCAGUCGAUAUUCAGCCAACACCUUUAGUUGAUCAAUACCGUGACAUUACAGAACAUAUUUAUCCUCGUCAAGGAGAUUUAAUAAUUUCGAAUCUUGGCUCUAUUCUAAAUACGAUAUUUUUAGACUGUAACUAUUCUCCGAUUUACUGUGUUCCGAUAGAUGCAGAGAAUGUUCUUGUUAAAUCUAUAUUUCCUAUGCUUCUUGACCAAUUAUUAGUAAGAAAUUUCUGCAGGUAUGGCAAGAAAAUGAAAUUUACAGAUGCCCUGAAACUUGCAAGAGAAAGGUUUCAUUGUCCAUUAGUUAUUUUCCCUGAAUGCGCAACUUCUAAUGGACUUUCUGUUCUGAGAUUCAAAAAAUUUGGAAUUGGACAAGAAAUUCAUGAUUGUAGAGUUCAUAUUAUAGGUUUUAAACAUGAAUCUAUCGGUGAAUACCUAAAUCUCACUUUAAUUGGUCCAUAUUUACAAAUUAUAUACUUAUUUGGCCGUCCUUUUGGAACAUUAAAGGUAAGAACUGCCCUUCCUCAAGAUAUUCCUCGUUUCAGAGAUGGAAUCAUUGAUGAAGAAUGGAUUGCAGAUUGUCGCAAUGUUCUCAGUGUAAUUAUGAGAGUUCCUCUCAAUACUCGUUGUGAAGAACAAUAUCUCAAACGAGUUAAAUCAUGA